CACAUCGAUUUCUCUCUCUCUUCAAGAACACAGCAAGAAACUGAGUCUGACAAAAUCACCAAGCCAUAAACCUAAAAAGAUUGCUUUUGCUUCCAUGAUAGCUAGACAUGUGUUCGGAUGGAAUAUAGGUCCAUGUGAUGUUCAUCAAAUCAUGUUGGAUGAAGAAAAAUAUGGUAUGGACGCAGACUACAACGUGUUUUUGGAGAACUGAUUUGUAGUUUCCGUACAUAUAUAGUUUUUUGAGUUUGAGAUCAGGACAGGAUGGCAACGUACUUUCAUGGGGGUUCAGAAUUCCAAGAUGGGAUGCAGACUCUGUAUCUAAUGAACCCCAGCUACGUACCUUACCCUGACACACACCCACCAGCUGCAGCCGCCAACAUGCUGUUUCUUAACCCUGCCGGCAACGCGCUCAACGCAUCAAAUCUAUCGCACGCGCCAUCACCCUCCAACCAUCAUCAGUUCGUCGGCCUUCCUCUGCCGACACCCACCGUUGCCAUCGGACCGCCCAAUUCAGAUGGGAUGGUCCCCAGCGUCCAAUACAACUUAUGGGGAUCAAACGUGGACCAGAAUUCACCAGGACACCACCCACAGAUUGUGUCGGCAGCAAGUCCUGGUGGGGCCCAUGAUGUUUCUUCUCAUCAGCUGGGGGUGAGGCGUCCGGUGGUAUCACCGACGAGGCAGGGUCUGUCGCUGAGCCUGUCGUCCCAACAGACACCUUACAGGACGUCAAGUAAUGUGGAGCCGGCGAUUCAGGGUCAAGGGCACUCUGGUCAUUCCCCUUCGUCUGUUUCUGCGGUGUCGAGUGGGGUUUCUGGUAUGCAAAGUGUCGUGCUGGGGUCAAAGUACUUGAGAGCUGCUCAGCAGCUUCUUGAUGAAGUUGUUAAUGUGGGGAAGGCAAUAAAGAGUAACGUGGCAGAGGGGACCAAGGAGAAGAUCAUAAAGAUGGACAAAGAAUCUGCAGCCGCUGCGACGGGAGAAGGAUCGAGUGCUGCAGGCGGUGAAGAUAGCUUCAAUAAGCGAGCGGCGGAGCUGACCACCGCCCAGAGACAGGAGUUGCAGAUGAAGAAGGCAAAACUUGUUAAUAUGCUUGAUGAGGUGGAGCAAAGGUACAGGCAGUACCAUCACCAAAUGCAGGCUGUAGUGUCUUCGUUCGAGCAGGCGGCAGGUCUUGGUUCUGCAAAAUCAUACACUGCACUUGCUCUGCAGACUAUCUCCAAGCAAUUCCGGUGUCUAAAAGACACGAUCUCUGGACAAAUUAAAGCUACAAGCAAGAGUCUUGGGGAAGAAGAUAGCUUGGGAGUGAAGGUCGAAGGUUCGAGAUUAAGAUACGUUGACCAUCAACUUAGACAACAGAGGGCACUGCAACAGCUAGGAAUGAUACACCACAACGCUUGGAGGCCCCAGAGAGGAUUGCCUGAACGAGCUGUUUCUGUUCUUCGUUCUUGGCUUUUUGAACACUUCCUUCAUCCAUACCCUAAGGAUUCGGACAAACAUUUGCUUGCUAAACAAACUGGGCUUACAAGGAGUCAGGUGUCUAACUGGUUUAUAAAUGCUCGAGUUCGUCUUUGGAAGCCAAUGGUUGAAGAAAUGUACGUGGAGGAAAUGAAGGAACAAGAGAAAAAUGGCAAUGAGGAGGGUUCAAGCAAAAAUGAACAUAAUGACUCAGGGUCCAUUUCCGCUGUCAUGAAAGAGAGUGUUUCCCAUAAAAUGGACCACGCUACCCAACCAAAACCUGGAAAACCCAGAAACCCCAGCACUACUUGCCAGAUUGAUUUUUCAAGUGCUCCAAUAUCCACUUCCGCCAUGGCAUCCUUUGAGCCACAGGCCACCGGGUUUAAUCUGAUUGGAGCCCGUGAUAUGGAAGGAGUUGCUCACAGAAGUCCCAAGAAACCAAGGAGCGUUGACAUGCAGAAUUCCCCCAGCAGCAUCCUCUCAAUGGAUAUGGACGUGAAAUUUCAAGGGGAUGAAAGAUUAAUAACCAGCAGUACUGAUCAUCGCAGUGGUGGUUUUGGUUACCCAAUUGAAGACCAGAUGGGAAGGUUUAAUACAGAGCAGCAGCUGCUGCCAAGGUUUCAUGGAAAUGGUGUUUCUCUCACACUAGGCCUCCCCCAUUUCUCGGGGAACCAACAGAACUUCCUCGCCGAGCAGAACAUUCAGUUGGGAAGGAGGCUGGGUUUAGGUACCGGCGAGUCUGAUUUCUGCGGGAUUAACACGGCAUCGGCUUCUCAUUCCGCCACAGCUGGUUACCAGAACAUUGAAAUGCAGAGCAGGAAGAGAUUUGCGGCACAGUUGUUGCCAGAUUUUGUGGCAUGAAGGAUUUAUAUUAGAAUGCAUGCUAAUUAAGAAUGUGAAGUUCAUUACUUCCGAUUUAUAUAUAUAUCCUGCUGGCUCUUAGGUAUAAAAGAAGCGUGGUAAAGAAAAUAGUUUAAGGUGUAUAGCUGAAGGAGAACAAGCUGCUACUGUUCUUACAUAGUUUAAUUUAGGUUUGAGUUGGUAAGAUUGAGCAUUAAUGUAUAUGUCAAUAUUGGAUCAUUUGGGUAUAGAGUCUAUAGACAUAUUGGAAGAUUAAUUACGAAUAAAUAAAUAACUGGCUA